GCUGCGCACCGGAAUAGCGAUUAUUAUCUAAGUCGUGUUGUAGGAUUUCGCGAAGGUAACGACAACCCGUAGGCAGAUGUCAAGUGUUAUAUAGACAUAUAUAUAGGUAGGUUAGGUACCUAACCUAGGUAUAUAGGUCCCUAUAUAGGUAUAUAUAUAUACCUACCUACCUAGGUAGAUACCAGCCUGUCGACCGCUGCCUCGAUCACAUCGGUCUGUGGUCUCAGCACCUCGGGAGUUCGUCGUCAUCUUCACCAGCCAGGCUCGACUCUCCGAUCGCAGUCAGAUCGCCCACCAUGGUUAACAUCACUAGUACGACGGCGCGUCUCAUCCUCUGACGGGCAGCUCGUUCUGUGGCUAACUCGAUGCUCUUGCAACAGCACCCCUCCGCAUCGGCUACCUGCUGUACCCGGGCUUCACGGCGAUGGACGUGUUCGGGCCGCUGCAGGUGCUGAACCUGCUGUCCAUCGACUACAACAUGACGCUGUCGCUCAUCUCGGAGACGCUGGACCCGAUCAGCAUCGACCGCAGCAUCAUCGGGGGGCAGGUGCAGGGCAUGCUGGCGUCGUCGGCGUCGCCGUACUUCUCGCAGUUCGUGCUGCCGACGCACACGCUGGCGGACGCGCCCGCGUCGGAUGUGCUGAUCAUCCCGGGGGGGCCGGGCACGCGCAACCUGGCGGCGACGCAGCCGUACGUGGACUGGAUCGGCGCGCGGGUGGACGACCCGGGGCUGGCGUACCUGAUGACGGUGUGCACGGGGACGUCGCUGCUGGCGCGGACGGGCAAGAUCGCGGGGCGGCGCGCGACGACGAACAAGGCGGCCUUCCGGUGGGUGCAGAGCGUGCCGCACGCGGACGCGGUGCGCUGGGUCGCGCGCGCGCGCUGGGUCGUCGACGGCAACCUGUGGACCAGCUCCGGCGUCAGCGCCGGCACCGACAUGACCUUCGGCUGGGUCGCGCACCGCUACGGCCGCGACGUCAGCGAGUCCCUGCGCCACCGCAUCGAGUGGAACGCCCUCGCCCAGGACGACGAUCCCUUCGCCGACUACUACAACCUGACCGAUCCGCAGCCUCAAAAAUAUACCUAGGUGGCUCUUUUUUUUUUAACACGAAACCCUCGCCAACUUUCCUGCUCUCCGACGCUGGUGAAUGUAGUUCUGUGUCGGACUAGUAGGGGAACCAACUCGCCAGGAACCAGGCAAGCGAGCAGUGGCCGCUAGCCUAUGAGGAGCAGAUACGACGAACCGCCACCACGAUAGCCUUGCAUUGUAGCUCUUCUUCGUCGGGAGGCCGGGCCGUGUAGCGCCGAGGCCAUACCGAGGGCGUACUUACUGUACCUAUUACCUAUGCUGUAUCUUAGUAUUGCUACCAACACGCUGCAAGCGAACUCGCCCUCCUAUGCCCGUCUGCGUACCGCAGGCAAGUUGACAGCAGCCAGGGCAGGCCUGCGAGGUUGUGCCCAAACGAGGAAUCGAGGGGGAAAUCUUAAACCCAAGGGCGCACACGUUGUAGGGAGUAAAUAUUGCGAAUCCAACUAUGGAGCCGGAGUUGCGGGGCGGCUAGUAUAACUCGCUUACUGGUAGGAAGCGAAGCAGGGGGUCAGAGUCAGAGUCUCUCAUCUUGAUGUGUAUGCUUGCUUGCCUGCUUAGGAGCGAGCCGGGGGA